GAAGGGCAACCGUCACUUGGGGUUACAAUUCAAGAGAAUUUUCCCUAGCACUGUUCGUCGUAUCAGUGAGUAUUUACACUCAGUACAACUAGUCUGUCGUAUUAGGGAUUAGUUACGCUUAGUAGAACUAGUAAGAGUUUAUAAUUUCAGUCUUUAGUUACGCUUGGUUAUUAUGAUAACUGUUUAAUCUAAAUCUGAAGGUUUUUAAAUUUUGUUAUUUUCAAUUUUAGGAAGAUUUUUGUUUGGCUCUUUCUGUUCAGUUAUUGAUCCCCUUCACAAUGUUUCGGUGUUGCUCAGCAUAUGCAAGAGGUCUAUAAAACAAACUACUAUUUUGAUUAUGAAGCAGUUUUAAACAAUUUAAAAAAAAAAACUUUUGUUUUUUUAUUUUCUAAAGAUUUUGUUCGAAUGUGUGAGUAUGUUGUGUUCAUCAAAAAUGUAGAACAGAGUUUUAUUUUAUUUGAAAAAGUGUGUGUGUGUGCGUGCGUGCGUUCGUUCGUGCGUGCGUGUGUGCGUGCACAUGUGGGAAGCGAAAUUGUUCGGUUUACUGUAAAUACUUCAUUUAAACAGUUAUUCAUUAUGUUUUUUUUUGUGUGUACCUAUGUCAAUUAUAUCUAAAACUAUAGAACGGAACCAUGAGAAUGAUAGUGUCGCCGAUGCUUGCCAUUCUUCUGGCAUUUCUUCUAGACUUCUGUAGCCACACUAACGCUAUUGUCUGCGAAAAGGACAUUUGCGCUGGAGUAAGGUGUGAAGCUAUCACCUAUUGUUCCGGAAAGUUGGUCAAGAACGGAGGCAUUUGUUGGUGCUGUGACUUGUGCGUUAAUGUCCUGAGUGAGUAUUAUGCAGACACCUAUUUUUCACUUCUUUAUUGAUUGCCUUGCAGUCUAUUCUCUACUCUAUUCUCUAUACCAAUUUUCUUACUUCUGCAUUGCAGCUAUACCAAAACAAAAUAGUUGUGCUAAGAAAUGGUUGAAAUUAGUUUCUACAUUUUAAGUUUGAUACCAUUAAUUAUUGUCAUCUUAAAAACUGUGGGUAAACUAUCAAUAGCACCUGGAAAUAACUGGGACAGGGAGGGCAAUCUGUUAGAAAGACAAAAAUAUAUUUAAAUUAUUUUAAUUUGAUAAAAAAAAACGUUGGAAAAUGAAUGUACAAACAAAUCUUAUUUAUAUUUUUGUUUCUGGUUCGUCCUGCUCCCUUUAACCCCCCCCCCUCCUUACUCCACACGUUUUAUAUUAAUUGUACUGAGUAUGAUAAAAUACGUCAUGCUGCGAGCUUUCAUGUGUUGUUUGACGUCAUGCUGCGAGCUUUCAUGCUGCGUGUUAUCUGACGCCAUGCUGUGAGCUUUAAUGCGUGUUAAAUGACGUCAUGCUGCGAGCUUUCAUGCAUUUUGUCUGACAUCAUGCUGCGAGCUUUCAUGCGUGUUAUCUGACGUCAUGCUGUGAGCUUUAAUGCGUGUUAAAUGACGUCAUGCUGCGAGCGUUCAUACGUGUUGUCUGGCAACAUACCGUGAGCUUUCUUGCUUGUUGUCUGAACCGCCGUAAAAAGUUAAAUAUUUUUCUUUGGGGAGGGUGGGGGUGGGGGCAACUAUUACAUUAAUCAGUCAAGAACCACGGGUGCAGGACUGUCUGAGGGUUGCCUGAGGGCUGUCUGUAGGACUGUCUACUACUUCAUACUACAACAUAUUAAUCCUGGCAAAUAUGUUUCAAUAUUUUGUUCCACAGAUCCCGGAGAAUCAUGUUACCUGCCGUUUUUUCAGGGCGUGCCAAGCUUAGCCGUAUGCCCUGACAACUACAUCUGCGACCC